AUGGCUCUGACAAUGAAGAGGCCCCGAGCUGCCGAACACGCACAGAAAACCCUAAAGAAAACUAGCGCUGUACAUGAAAUUGACACCAUAGAUGCCAAAGGAGCCACUUCGGUCGCGUUCGAGUCUCGCUAUAUUUCAAAGCGGAAACCAUGUCUGAUUCAAGGCUUGGUGGCCGGGUUUGAUCUCGAAUCAUUCCGUCUUGAUAAUGUGGCAGAUUUUUUACAAUGUGACGAUUUUUUGCAGGUGGAACGCAAGUCCAACGGUGGUUACGGCACUGGAGAAAAUCGAGUUCGCUUGAAAUUUGCAGAUCUGGUGGAAAGGCUGAAGAACGGCGACCACUCGUUGUAUUUAACUACCCAGUAUGAUGAGGACGAUUGCGUAUCGGACGAAGACUCUGACGGUGAGUUUCCGGAAUUGGGUGUGGCCCCUGUCCCGGCCGACACAGACUCGGAACUGGGCUCAGUCGAUUUCGACAAUUUUCAUGACGACUUCGACGAUGAAAAUCCCGCCAACGACGAAGAACCGUCUCUCGAUACUGCUUACGCCCGCGUGCAAGAGCUUCUACAGAAACCCCUAACCAACUUGUGCCACACGUGGCCAGUGGACUUGCUGCGGCCCGGCUUACUGGCCGGCCUGGUGCCUCAACAAAUAAACCUGUGGAUGGGCCGCGCGGACCCCGAUUCCAGACUGCUCUUUGACGAGUCCCAACCCCUACUUGGCCUGGGGAGAUCGCUUCCCUCUCCAGGCGCCUCGUCGUCGGGUCUCCACCACGACCACGCGGAUAACCUGUACAUACUAAUAUCGGGGAAAAAAAGAUUCACCUUGUUUCCGCCCACGGAUGCUCCCAACCUCUACACUGUCGGCGACAUUGGGAAUAUAUACCCGUCCGGGGUCAUCGACUACAUACGCAACGAAAAAGCGCCAUUCUGGAAACAUGUGCGGGAAGACGGUGCGCUGGUUGAGCAGGUCGCGCUUUGGCGACUCGAGCGCGAGUCGCUGGAUGAGGAGGAGAAAAAACGUCUUGAGGAUGUCGCCGCAAGGGAAUCCGAGGUACACGAAGAAAAGGCCCGCCACGGAAAGACGAAAACAGACCCUCCUUCGUUUUCUAGAAUACCUCCUGCCCUGCUACACCUGGACGAUGUGCAAGACGCCGAAAAACGAACGAAAAUGCAACGCCUCAUAGAUACAGAGUUCCCACGGUUGAAAGAGUGCAAGCCGCUCCAGGUGACAAUAGAGCCUGGCCAAAUGUUAUAUUUGCCGGCAGGGUGGUUCCACGAGGUGUCGUCCUUUGGCAGCGACGACGAGCCGGUUCACAUUGCCCUGAAUUACUGGUUUGCGCCGCCGGCAAAUCUUUCGCCGCCCUUGUACGCCGAUAGCUUUUGGGCCGAGGAUUUUGAUCAAACGAGCAAGUGUCUUCGUGUCUUGCACAGCCAUGGCCGAUAA